GCGACAACCUUUUUACUGGAGAUUUAGUAUAAUCGUUGGAUCGGCUAAGGUUUUCUGUUGUAAUCGGUAAAGAUUCACACUUUUAUCUCUAAUUUCGCUGGUGGGAAGACGAGAGAGCGAGAAGAAGUGAUAAGAGAAGAGAAAGAAGCCCUGGCGACCAUAAGGGCUCGCGGAGAGAUCUCGACAUUGAUCGUGCUGCAAAGCCCAAGUUGCCAAAGCUCAACCCAUCUGAUCGCAACGCUACGGCUUUGGGAAAAACCGGACAAGAGCAGCGUAGAGUAUCAGCGUCUCACGUGGGACGCUCUCCGUAAAAGCAUCAAUGGGCUUGUUCACAAGGUCAACGCGAGCAACAUCAAGAACAUCAGAUGGCAUCUCCUGGAUUCACGGACGUCUUUGCAGCUCUGGUCUCCGUUAUCAACGCCAAGUUCCCCGAAGUUGCUGAGCUUUUGUUGAAAAGGAUCGUCAGCUUAAUGACAAGCCAAGUCGCUGAGGAGAUUAUUGCUCUUGAAAUAGUCUCUGUGCUUCUGGAAACUCCGACUGAUGACAGUGUCGAGGUGGCUGUUGGGUUCGUGACAGAGUGUGGUGCUAUGCUCCAGGAAAAGGAUUGCAUGGCUGAGAUUCUACCUCGACUUCAAUAUACGCCUUGAGACAGACCGGAAAAUAUUGUUGAUUUUAAGGAUUGAUGAUUUUCUCUAUUCGAUCAAAAUCCAAAUCCAUAUUCUGUGAAGUCUACAACACGACCAGACUUUUUGGAGGGUGAGCUGAAGAUUAUCAGCUUAGAUGGUCUAUGUCUAACUCAGACUCAGACUAUGGGAGUCUUUUCCUAUGGAAUCCUCUUUUAGGAUCUUACACAAAGAUAUCAUCAAACCUCUCGAUUGGGAACUAAAAGCUUAUUACCGCUACACCUAGAGACUACAAAAUAUUGAGCUUUGCAAAAGGGAUAGACUCUGUCAACAUCCUAGAGCUAAAAAACCUUCAUUGGAGGAAGGUGAAAGCAUUAGUUGAUUGGGAGAUAGAACCGUCUUCACAUGGAGUUUCCGUGGCUGGUAACAUGUAUUGGGUUCUUACUGGAGAAACAAAACGGGUAUGGGGAACUGGUCUUUCCGGAAGAAUAUCAUUUUGCUUCAAUAUCUUCGUUCGGUGGAAAUAGAUUGUCUAGAAAUCAUUUUAGUUUCUACCACUUUUGUGUGUCUUGGAAAUUUGUAAAACAUGACUAUCGCUUUAACGAUUGGAGGAAACGGGUUCUCUCGUCUAUCCAGAUCGUCCUUUACAUCAUCUUCUUCGAUUGAGGAACAGCAGGAAGAAAGAACACGAAGAUGCUGAACAGAACAGAACCAGAGACUACUCUCAUGUCAAUCCUUACGCUUGAAGCAAGAUGAAGAAGAAAUGAUUCGAAUGCACAUAAAUAACAACAUAGACACUGAUAACG